ACCUCAACCCUUACCAGGGCACCAGACUCCAUCUAAACUCACCAGGGCCCCCUAGCUCCCCCUAAACUCAUACCAGAUUCACUAGCAUCUAGACUUUGUAGAGACAUUGCCGUGAAUUGGACGGCAAAUACAAAGACACCUCUGCCUUGGGGCCUCAUAUGUAGAUCUGUCCGAAGAUCAAUAAAAUCGUCGGCUGAAUAAAUAAAAUUUAACAUGCCUUAUGUAAUGUAUCUAGCCAGUCAGGAGAUGGCAGCAUUAGACCAAGGAGACAAAACGAUAUUAGUUAUCAGAAGAGAAGUCUGAUAGAAUGCCAUAUUGAACGGAUAUUUUCAGAAGCCUAAUCGUGGUCCACAUGGGCCUGUUUUUCUAUUACUACGUAAAUAUUCUCAAAUAGUCCACAUAUGUAAUCCAAUACAGAUAAUAAUUUGGGAUAUGCAGUCACAUAAACUCAUUCUAAAGACAAUAAACAGGCUUGUUAUAAAUUACCUUCAGGAAAAACACUCAGAUCAGAGACACCACUAGGCCACGGAGUCAUUAAUUAAGUAAUGCACACUGGUUCAGCAGCGCCUGUGCUUGUGUAAUAUGUUUACGCCUCCAAAGAUAAUUAUUGUCAUCCUUCCCAACAAAUGAAAUGUCACUAAUGCGUCUAAGCAAGCCAAAGGUAUCCAAUCACAGAUAGGGAGGAGGGGCAGUGCAAGCAUAUCUCCUGUCGGUCUCAGGUGAGGUCAUUCAGCGCAACAUGGAUACAGUGAUCAGAGCGUGAGGUGACGUCGAGGGAAGAUCGGGGCCUCUGUCUCUUACGGCUUGAGCGCAAACGAACAGGGACCCCCCAGUCUGCUCCUGGUCUGGAUGAGUGUAAGGAGGGUAUCUGGCCUCUUAGCAUGGAUCAUUCCUCUGACCCAUCCGGCUGGAGGGAGAUGACGAAUGGAGGGGGCCGCCCCCACCCCCACAAUGGGGGUCAGGCAGGGGGGUCCCACACGGCCACGCGCUACAUGCAGAAGAAGCAGCACCAACACAGGGCCAGGUCCUCCUCGCCCAUGGGAAGAGUUAUCCUCAUCAAUUCUCCAGUUGAUGGUGGAGAUGAGAGCGCCGACCUCCACACAGUGACGGUCGACAAGAGUCCAGAUGGGCGUCUGGGCUUCAGUGUGCGCGGUGGGUCAGAGCAUGGCCUCAGCAUCUUUGUCAGUAAGGUUGAGGACUACAGCUCCGCAGAGCAGGCAGGCCUGUGUGUCGGGGACAAGCUGGUGGAGGUGAACGGCAUUAGCCUGGAGACCAUCACCAUGAGCAGUGCAGUCAAGGUCCUGACUGGAAACAACCGCCUCAGGAUGGUGGUGAGACGUGUGGGGAAAGUCCCUGGCAUCCGCUACUCCAAGGAGAAGACCACCUGGGUGGAUCUGAUCCAUAGACGCAUGGUGGUGGAAGAGAGUGGCCGCACCCCAUCAGAGGCCAGCUCAGACAGUGCCCUGCGCAGGAUCAUCCACCUGUACACCACCUCUGACGACUACUGUCUGGGCUUCAACAUAAGGGGGGGCAAGGAGUUCGGCCUGGGAAUAUACGUCUCUAAAUUGGACCCUGGCGGGCUGGCAGAACAGCAUGGCCUAAAGAUGGGAGACCAGAUCCUGGCAGCCAAUGGUGUGAGCUUUGAUGACAUCACCCAUAGCAAUGCCGUGGAAGUUCUGAAGAGCCACACCCAUAUCAUGUUGACCAUCAGGGAAGCUGGACGUUAUCCAGCCUACAAGGAGAUGGUGGCAGAGUACAGCUGGCUCAACAAAUUGGCCAAUGGAGGUCCUCCCUCCUCCUCUCAGGGGUCCGACUCCUACUCCUCCGCCUCCUCCCUGUCCUCCGGCACUCCCGUCAGCUCCCUCAGUGGUCUCUCCCAGGUCCUCUUUCCCCCGCUUUUCGGCUCAGAGAUGGUGGAUGUCUGUGUCUCUACUGAGGACCGCUCCCGACGGCCCAGUACCACUGAGCGCACAAACGAGACUCAGACAGACCCCUCUGAACACCCUGACCAGCCCUCGCCUCGCAGUUCCCAUGUAGAUAGGCUGGUCCCCACCGAAACCAGUCGGACGCUCGGCGCUACCAUGUUACUGAAGGACACCAUGAUUCGGGGGAAAGGGGAGGGGCCCGUGGAAACAAGGACACUGUCUGCUGGGGAACAUGAAGUAGCGAAGGACUCCACUAAAACGGCAGUCCUUAUGGCCCUGAGCAGACCACGCAAGCCUAUUCGGCGUUCCCAGAGCCACAUCACUGUGACAGAGGACAAGCUGAAGAAGAAGAGACAGCAGAAAGAGAAAAGCACGGAGGGCAGUAAGACCCUGCGGCGCUCCAAGACCUUUGUCAACCUCCUGUUCAAGAGGGAGCGCAGGAGAGAAAAGAGAGAUACAGGGAUGGAUGAGACCCACAGGGGGCGCUCCAAAUCCCCCUCCCACCACGCCGAUAGAGAUAAGGACCGGGGACGUCCCUUCCAGCUGCUGACCUCACCUCGGGAGACCCGGGCCGGGGUGAGGGACAGCAUUCCCCAGCCACUACUUGAGGCCCUGGACCACGUGGAGGACAUAGCCAAGAAACUGCUGAGCCAAGAUGAGGUCUCUGCUGUGAUGAGACACUGCAGGCGGUUUUUGUCGGAACGUGUGGUGGCAGACCUAGUGCGUCCCCUUCUAGCUAUCCUGGACAGGCCAGAGAAACUGUUGCUCCUGAGAGAGAUUAGAAUGCUGAUCCCUGCUACAGAGCUGAUUCGUUUUGACAGCAUGGUCAUGCCUUUUGAACUAGAAGCCUAUGAAAUUUUGAAGAGUCGCUCAGUGAGGUCUCCUGCUCUGCGUUCCCCCCGCACUGGGACUCCCAGACGACACCUCAUCACCUCUAUCCCAGAUUACAGAGGUGGUUUCCUGCUCCAGCCUGUCCAGAAUCAGGAGAAAGACCAUCAGCUCAUUGAAGACCUGGAGAGACUGCAUGUGUCUGGCCUCCAGGUGGGACCUAUGCCCCCCUCCCGUGCCUUCACCCCCCUCCUGGACAUCCCUGUGGACGGCUACACCCCCUCUGUCCUGCGCCCCACCUCCCGUUCGCCAAGCCCGUCGCCCUCCCAAAACUGGCUCCUUUCUGAGUCCCCAUACAGCACCCUACAAGGACGGCAGAGUCACCAACCCCCCCGUGCAAGAGACAAUUGUACGUCCCGGCAAGAUGAAACUUCCAUGCUGUCUGUGGACAGGGGAGAUACCACUCCUGAGCGGGGGAGGUCUACCGUGAGGAAUGGCCAUCGGAGGUCUAGGAGCGACGUUAGCCCUGAGAGUAUAGCUGGAAGGAGCAGGAAAGGAGACGGAUACACAGAGGUCAGCAUGUACGUUCCCACGGCAAGACGCGGGCGACCCCCCCUCAAUCCGGUGUAUGAGCCCCCCCAGGACACAGGCCCCUCCAAGGGAGGAGGGAGGGGGCAGCAGGUGAAUGGUCACCAUGGAAUGUCGACAGCAACUCCUGUUCCCCAGGAGUAUGAAAUAACCACGGUGACCAUCUCCAAGACCAAACAGUCCCUGGGUAUCAGCAUCUCUGGAGGGAUGGAGUCCAAGGUCCAACCCAUGGUGAAGAUAGAGAAGAUAUUCCCUGGAGGAGCUGCUUCUACCUGUGGGGGACUCAAGGCUGGAUUUGAGCUGGUGUCUGUGGAUGGAGAGUCUCUCCAGGGUGUGACUCAUCAGCAUGCAGUCGAUGUGAUUCGCCGGGCGUUCAGUAAUAAGGCCAAAGACCCCAUGGUGUUUGUGGUCAAGGUCCCCAAGGGAGUCAGCAACACUAGAAACCCAGCUGAGUGACUGCAAGUCCUGCCUGUCCGAAAGCUACGCUACUGGCCAAAGAAGAGAUGGCAACCUGAUGACCAAGCAAAGCCCCCAACUGGAACAACACUACAAAACAGAUGAUGGACUUUGAGAGUUCCUCUCAAAAUAUACUCAGUUUAUUGAGUUGCUUGUAAUUUUCUUGAAAAAUUGCAUGAAUAUAACAUUUUGUAAUACUGUAGUUAAUUUUAAUAUAUUUCAAUUUCAAUUGUAAUAAAUAAAUACAAACAUUUGUUACUCUGUAAAGAUUUGGAGCUAACACUACGAGUGGACUAUGAAGAGCUUUGCAUUUAAUCUUUAACAGUUUCCUUCAUGUAAAAUGUAAUAUUUUUUACCUCAUGGUGUAACUGGUUCGUGAAGCAUCCACCAUCCGCACACUUCUCCCUGGUAGAGAGCAUCUCAGUUCAGCUACAGUACAGCCUUGCCAGCCAAAGGAUUAAGCUCUUGCCGACGUUAUGAGAUUUUACCCAAAUGAAACCCCAGUAUUAUGUUAAUACUGAUCAUUUUUUGGUUUAGUUGACGUCUAAGGGGAUUAUUACAAAUUACGGCCCUGUAUUUUUGGUGCUCUAUAUUUCUGGCAGCCGGGCCCUGUUUCAUGAGUAGUCUGCCACUUUAGGGGCUUGACUACACACUGCUGUGGCCAGUGGGGAUUCUCAGGGGCAGCCAGGGGCUGGG